UACUGUGAGCAGCCGAUGCACAGCUGACAUCUCCUGAUAUUUGUCUCCACAAAUCCCAAUCAUGGCCUCCAGAGCGGUGAUAAAAUUUCAAAGGACUCGCAGUUUAGCUUCUGUCCUGAACAGUCAAGUUUGUUUAAGCUCAUUCCACACAAGUUCAAAAGUUGCUGCACAACAUGAUGACAGACCAAAGAAAAAACUCAUUAACCAUUCAAGAUUACGUGGCAUUGAUAUCCUGCGGACACCGAAACUCAACAAGGGUCAGGCUUUCACCCUAGAGGAGAGGCAGUUGAUGGGGAUCCAGGGCCUGCUUCCAUCUUGUGUAAUCAAUCAGGACCAGCAAAUGACCAGAGUGAUGGAGAACUUCCAUAAUCGUAAGACGGAUGUCGAUCGAUACGUUUACCUCAUGGCUCUGAAAGAUCGAAAUGAACGUCUUUUUUACCGCUGCUUGACAGAACACACAGAGGAAAUGAUGCCUAUAGUGUAUACACCUACUGUUGGCCAGGCUUGUCAGGAGUAUGGAGUACUGUAUAGGAAGCCAAGGGGACUCUUUAUAUCUAUACAUGAUAAAGGCCAUAUCUACGACAUGAUGUGUAACUGGCAUGAGGAAGAUGUCAAGGCCAUUGUGGUGACAGAUGGUGAGCGGAUCUUAGGUCUGGGAGACUUGGGUGUGUAUGGUAUGGGUAUCCCAGUAGGUAAGCUUUCCCUGUAUACAGCCCUUGGAGGAAUCCCACCCGAUCAGACACUCCCUGUAGUUCUGGAUGUCGGCACCAACAAUGAGAAACUUCAGAAAGAUCCAUUAUACAUUGGUCAUAACCACCCUCGUGUUACGGGCCAGGCGUACGAUGACUUCAUUGACGAGUUUAUGGAAGCUGUUGUAGCAAGAUAUGGACAGAACACGCUGAUACAGUUUGAAGACUUUGCUAACCACAACGCCUUCAGAUUUUUGGAAAAGUACAGAAACAAGUACUGUGUCUUCAAUGAUGAUAUUCAAGGAACAGCAGCAGUGGCUGCAGCAGGAGUGUUUGCCUCCCUGAAAUGCACUGGCAAGAAGUUAGGAGAGAAUGUAUUUUGCUUCCAGGGAGCAGGGGAGGCUUCUAUAGGAAUAGCCAGCCUGUUAGUGUUGGCGAUGGAAGAAGAAGGCCUGAGUCAUGAAGAAGCUGUCAGUAAAAUCUGGAUGGUGGACAGUCGUGGAUUGGUAGUGAAGGACAGACCAGCUGGAGGCCUAACAGAACACAAACUUCUGUUUGCCCAGAAGAGUCCUCCCAUUGAUACGCUUGCUGAUGUAGUCAAAGCUGCAAAACCCUCUAUCCUCAUAGGUGCUGCUGCUGUGCCUGGAGCCUUCACAGAGUCAAUCAUUAAGGACAUGGCAUCCUUCAAUGAAAAACCAGUGAUCUUUGCACUAAGUAACCCUACCAGUAUGUCUGAAUGUACUGCUGAAGAGGCCUAUCGAGGCACUGAUGGGAGGUGUGUAUUUGCUAGCGGCAGUCCUUUCUUGCCUGUGACAUUGAAUGGGAAAACCUUCCACCCAGGACAGGGAAAUAAUGCUUACAUUUUCCCAGGUAUAGCUCUGGGAGCCAUCGUCUGUGGGGUACGACAUAUCACUGAGGAGGUCUUCCUCAGAGCAGCUCAGACUCUAGGUGACCUAGUGACAGAUGAGCAUUUAGCGCAGGGACGUCUAUAUCCCCCACUCUCUGAUAUUCAGAAUGUAUCUUUGAAGAUUGCGACGGGUAUCGCAGAAUUAGUGUACAAAAAGGAAAAUGCCUCCACUUACCCGGAGCCUGCAAACAAAGAGGAGUUUAUCCGUAACCACCUUUAUAAUACGGACUAUGAGUCGUUUGUUCCUGAAACAUGGUCAUGGCCCGAAAGUGUGAACCAAUAAAGAUUGGAUAAAAAUAUGUAUUAUAUAAAGCUGGUACUUCAGUAUUACCCCCAGUGUACCCUAUUGUUUAUCAUGCUGGAUUUCAGUGUGUCUGCCAUAGUGCUAUGUUGAUGUCUCACGUUCCUUGAUCUAAAAUCUGCCAAAUGUUCCCAUAUCUAGAUAAUGUAUUACAUCAUUUAUCAUGACAUUUGGUUAUAUAUUAAUGAUUUGAGAGGAUAAAUAUCAUAUGAUGAAUUGCAAUCCCUUCCACAAACACUUUUCUUGUGUUGUUUAUUAUUUACGAUGGCCAAAAUUAUUUGGGACAUAAAUCUUCAAAAAAAAUUUACCAUGUACAAUACUAAUUUUGUUAACUUAGAAGUUUCUUUUUUUUAAAUUUGUUGUGUCAACAGAAAGUAGAUCUUGCUUCACUUGCAUCUUUCGAUUUUCAAAAAGUGCAUUCUAAAAUUUGAAAUGAAUAUUUUUUUCCUCCAUUUUAAAUAACUGUUUUCCCUGAUUAGGUGUAUAAAACAAGUUAAGUAUAAUACAUUUUCUGUUUUGGUUCUAUGUCUACUUAGUACUCUGCUAAACAGUUGCUUUUUUUCUUGAACAUUCAACAUUUACACAAUAACAUGUCGUGAGAAUCUCUUUACUAGGCUGGCGUGGAAUAACAUUAUUUUAAUUUAAGCAUUAUGUAUAUACUAUAUUUUACUUUGUUUUCUGACUGCAUAUGAAUUACAAUUCUAUGUGAUAGAUUUAUUGGUUUAAAAACUAUAUAUUCAUUGAUCGUUCAGUUGAAAUAUUUUUUUCUCCCCCCCCCCCCCCUCCCAAGUUGAAAUUAUUUAGAUUUUUUAAAAAUCCUUUUUAUGCUUUUUAAGUGCUUUAUUGAUUUGUGCAUAUUUUUAUAUAAAGACAUCAAUAGGGAGAUUUAACACGUGAUAAAAAAUGUUCACAGGGCAAUGAUAUACCCACCAAACAAACAAAAAGAAUUUUGAAUUGUCCUGUAUUUUCGUAUCUUGUUUCAUCCCUCUGGAGCGGUAGCAUGGAUCGAUCAAAUAUAUUUUGAUGACCAUUUACAAAAUAGUUUUUCUUUUUCAUUUAUGAAAAUCUCAUUAUGAUACUAAUCUUUUUUCUGUUAGACAGAAUCUCGUAAAAAAAAUUUAUGCGUCAGUAUUCAAUAUAUCUAUUUUUGAUUUUCUCUAGAGUCAAAUCUGACAACCUCUAUUUUGAGAACAAAUGAAAUAUUUUUGUUGAUAGCUUUCAUAUCCUAAAAUAAUGUAAAUGUUUGAUGAGAAUUUGUUAUUCUGCAUUGUCAGAGCUGAUCAAUUGGUAUUCUCUCUCACUUCAUAUUUUUCAUCAGCUUUGUCAUUGUUAGUUUAAUUGGUAUACAAUUGAAUCUUAAUUUGUUUUCUGCCACAUUUUAAAAAUUUUACACAUAAUAGAACUGCCGACAACAGAACUUUUUAUAUUAGGAUGGCAUUAUAACCCUAGGUGCUCUUUCAGAAAUUGUGCAUGACUUGUUCUUAAUUGGUACCGAUAUAUGUUGUACCUUUAGAUUUUCACUAUAAUUGAGAAAUUGCCUGUAAAUAUAAAUUAUAAAGCAAUGGUAAAUGAGCUACAAUAUAAAAGUGAUUGAAUAAUGUGUUUUAAACUGAAAUUUAUAAAUAGCUUUAUACCAUACAUGUAUUUUCUCCCCUAGACAGUAUAACAUCAUUAUCCUACAAAUCAUAUUUUGUUUGGACUAGAUUUAAAUGAUGCCUCUUCACGGACACGAAAAACUUGUGUGAUAUAAACCAAAGCGAAAACUUAUAUACAAUAAAUACUCAUUAAAUAGGAUUACUGUUUCGCUUUUAAAUAGUCAAUGUUUAUCUUGUUUAAACAGAAUUAAUGUUAUGUAUUUUGAUUCUGAGAUUACACCUGUAGUUGAUGUGAUUCUGCAGCUCUGCAAUACAUCUUGAAGUACAUGAUUAUGUACCCCAGUUGUUACACACUGUCUCGAUAUCUAAUCUAAUUGUUUAUUAAUUUCCGGCAAGCUCUCUUUUUCUUAAUUCAUUUACGUAACUUAAAUUUAUCAGUAAAACAUCAAUUAAGAAAUAGUAAAGUUCUGAUUUUAAGGAAAUCUUGACCUAAACUUAACAAAUGUGCCCAAUAUUUGCUGCCUCAUCAGCAAAUUGCUAGCCCCUGAAAGGCUAUCAUCUAUGGUUGAGUGUUGUUUUUUGUAACACUGAAAAUACGGUAUAUAUCCUAGAAAUAAAUUCUCCAUAGAACAAUUAUUAUAUUUAAUUGGUUUAAUCGGAGAUGUAAUAGGUUGGCUUGUUAUUGGUUUGCACUGUCAUAAUUAGUGUCUGUUAUAUAUUCACAAUGAUAUUCAUACAAAUUUACUUAGAAGAUGGAAUGUGUAAUUUGUAACUAAUACUGCGAAAAACCCAUAUAUAAAUAUUGGUACACUUUUUCUGUAUAUAGUGUUUUGAGAAUUUUAUACACAUAUUUUCCAGAGUGUUAAAUAUAGAGUAGUAUUUUGUGUACUAUUUUUUAUCUACUGUAGGAUCACAGAUUUGUCAGUAGAUUGUAGGUUUAUAUUGUAUUAUCCGCCUGUAGACAGCCAACUAGCCAAGUCGAUCCUGACUAUUUGUAUGUUAGGAUUGUGGCAAAUAAUACAAAUAUGAAAUAAACACUUCAUUUGGAACUUG